AUGGGCAAUAAAAAAGAAGAAUAUAGUAGUUUGGCGGUGAAUACUACGGAGUCCAAUUGUCCACCAUCCCCAUCCACUUUAGUUGCUUCACGGUAUAUUGAUUUAUCACCAUGGAUGAAAACAGUUUUACCUGUAUUAAGUUAUUGUAUUGCAAGUAUCUUGAUGACUGUUACCAACAAAUAUGUGGUGAAUGGUAAUUUCAAUAUGGUCUUUUUCCUUCUUUCUGUUCAGAGUAUCACCACUGUUCUUUUAUUACAAAUUUUUAAAUUCUUAAAUUUUAUUAAAUAUCGUGAAUUUGAUAUUGAUGAGGCAAAGAAAUGGUUUCCAAUUGUCCUAUUUCUUGUGGCUAUGAUUUAUACUGGUUCCAAAGCAUUACAAUAUUUAGCCAUUCCUGUCUAUACUAUUUUUAAGAAUUUGACAAUCAUCCUUAUCGCCUAUGGUGAAGUCAUUUGGUUUGGUGGUACCGUCACUUUUUUAAUGAUGGUCUCUUUCACAUUGAUGACUUUGUCAUCAGCUAUUGCAGGAUGGUCAGAUGUUAGUAUUGCCAUCAACACGUUUGUACAAGCAGAUUCACUUGUUUAUAGUAAUACUAUGAUUGGUUAUUUCUGGAUGGCCACCAAUUGUCUCUCAUCUGCUUCCUUUGUAUUGUAUAUGCGCAAAAGAAUCAAGAUCACUCAAUUUAAGGAUUUUGAUGUGGUGUUUUAUAAUAAUUUAUUAUCCAUUCCCAUGUUGAUCAUCCCUAGUCUUUUAUUGGAAGAUUGGUCUACAGAGAAUUUGAACUUCAACUUUCCAGCAGAAGAACGUCAAGUUAGAAUUUGGGCCAUGAUCUUUUCUGGUGCGUCCGCCUUUGGCAUGUCUUAUGCGUCAGCAUGGUGUGUACGUACAACAUCAUCUACCACUUAUAGUAUGGUUGGUUCUUUGAAUAAAUUACCUAUCGCCAUCUCUGGUCUUGUCUUCUUUGGUGAUCCUGCCACUGUAGCUAGUAUUUCAGCUAUUCUUAUAGGUUUUGUUGCUGGUAUAGUAUUCUCUUAUGCCAAAGCAUAUCCUCCACAAGAUGUCAAAAGAGGCGAAAAAGGAUAAAAUGAAUCGAUUGAUAAAGAGAGUUGUUAAUUUUUUUUUUUAUUAUUUCAGUUUAAUAAAGAUAAUAAAAGAGAGGAAAAAGUAAUGUUUUUGUAUCUACAAAAUGUCUAAUCUA